AUGGGCUCGUGCGCAGCUGGGGCAUGCGUCUCCCCCCUAGACGCAAUAACAACCCACAGGCACCUUCACACCCGCGCGCACACCGCGGAAGCCCUCGCUACAGUCACAGCGUUUCAUGACGCAGCAAUGGGUGGUAAUAAUCAACAGGCAAACCAGAGCUCACUCGUAACCGAUAUUUGCGAUUCUGGAUCACUCGAUACAGGCGUGCUUUCAGCGCAGGACGCAAGCGCGUGGGGCUCUGCAUCAUGGCUCCAGCCAGCAGGGACAGCGGUAGCAGCAGCAGCCUUCUACGGGCUUGGCGAUCAUUCUCGCAGCUUCGCCGGCGCUGCGUCCGCGUCGAUGGCCCAAGCGCGAGUCUCUCCGUCGGGAGCGCACUUGUCGUAUUCCACGCCGCCCAGCCCACUCUCUCUGGACGCGACGGAGCUGACGGCGGACCUGGGCGCGAUGGGCGGAGACGAGGAGAUGGCGGAAGAGGGGAGCUAUGAGGGCGGAGGUGGGCUAGAAUGGCGGCGAGUGGUGGCGAUGCUGAUGUCGGACACGAAGCACGCGAUGAACACUGUGGAUAGCGUCAUGGGCGGGCAGGACGAGCAGCAGCAGCAGCAGCAGCAACAGCAGCAACAACAACAUCACGACGAGAUGCGAAACCAGCAGCUGUCGUACCAGCAUGUUGGUACGCAUCAAGAACAGACACAUUAUUAUCAGCCUGAUCACACUUUACACGACGAUCACGAGAAGCAGCAUCCAGGGCAGCGGCUCGGGAAUGACACGGCGCAGUGUCACCAUCGCAACUGGCAGGCGACCCCAUCCGCGUCAUCGCCGCUCAAACUCGUUAUACCCAUCCCGUGGCACCACGGGGAGACCCGCUCAGCAGCGAAUACCACAGCAGCUCACGUCGGCGAUGCCAUCGCUGGACCAGCCUCCAGCGAUGGGCUCACGGUCCACCAAUUUCAAAGCCCGUCUCGACAAUUUCAAGUUUCUCCAGCGGCAACUCCCGUAUUCUCGACUCCUGUCCGCGACGCACCACUGCCUUACGAUCCAGUCGAAACUACCAGCGACGGUAAGCCACGCCGAGUCCCGCUUCGACACUGCGAACGGAGCCUCCAGCCGCUCAAGCUGUCGCUGACGGAAGCUCGUCCGCACGAUCUGCUUGGCUCAGAGCAGCAUGCGCCGGAGGGAUGGCGAAGCAAGUCGAGACGGCGCGAGGAACUAACAGUGGGGUCACCUCGUAUUCAAAUACCGUCGCGUGGCGUGCAGAUGGUGUCGCCUGGCGACGGGAUCGCAUCGCCUUCCGGCCUGACGUCCUCGCCUGGCGUUCGGAUGGCGACGUCCCCUGGCCUACAGUCGCCGCCAACAAUUCUGCUCGACGACAUGAGCGCACGGAUUGGGCGAAGCGCAUCGAAGCGAAGGCGCGGACAUUCUGGUUCUUGGGAGGCUCGCGGAAGCAGCGCUUCCCCAGGUGGCAAUAGAGCGGUAGUUGCGGAGGAGGAGCGUCCCGCAGUCACUGCGUCGCCCGCCGCUACCGCCACCCCAUUCGAGGGGCCUGAUUGGCUGCACCACCUGCACUCCGGCAAGCUGCAAACGCUCCCCAUCAUGCAGCUACGGAUGGAGACGACCAAGGAUCGCAUUUCGCUGCUACGACAACUCGUAGCACCCGCACUAACGAAGGGAGACACGGCGACGGUGCUUGGCGAAGUCGAACAGUUUGUGAGGGCCGUCUACGAGAAGCUGAAAGAGAUGAGCAACGGUCACGAGCAGCACGCCGCGUUUCCCACCAUAGGAAAUGCCAAGGUGUGCCCAGCCGACGUGCUCACCGCGGGAUUGAAGGUCGGACCCGUCAAGCAAGUCGAAUCCGCGGGGAUCGAUCUCAGCAGGGUGGUGCGACUAUCCGAUAAGGAGCCGCGCGCGUUUCUGUAUAAGGGCUUCCUGUCGGACGACGAGUGCGACCACAUCGUCAACAUCGCCACCGCUCGACUCGCCCGGUCAGCAGUGGCGGACAGCAGCAGUGGGCAGAGUGUGGUGAGCGAGGUGCGCACAUCAACGGGCAUGUUCCUCACCAAGGGCGAGGAUGACGUCAUCCGAGCCAUAGAGCAGCGCGUCAGCGAGUGGACGUUCCUCCCCGUGGCCAAUCAGGAGGCUCUGCAGGUCCUGCGGUAUGCCAUAGGGCAGAAGUACGACGCCCAUCUGGACUAUUUCUCGGACCCCGUCAACACGCAGCUGGGCGGCCAUCGCUACGCCACGCUGCUCAUGUACCUCAGCAACGUCACCAAGGGCGGGGAGACCGUGUUCCCGACAGUCAAGGACGACACGCCCAAGGAUGACUCGUGGUCUGACUGCGCUAAGGGCGCCUUAGCUGUGAAGCCCAUCAAGGGCGACGCGCUGCUCUUCUUCAACAUGCAUCCAGACGGCUCGCCUGACCCCUCCUCGCUGCACCACGCGUGCCCCGUGGUGGACGGAAUCAAGUGGUCGGCACCCAAGUGGAUCCGCAUGGGGGAUGUUACCGUGCUGCUGGGUGAUGCUGUUACUGCCGCCUGCCAGGACAGCAAUGCAUACUGUGAGGCGUGGGCCAGGGAGGGCCACUGCACAUCGGAGCAGUACAAGGGGUAUAUGGUGGGAACCCCGGGGUCACCCGGGGCUUGCCGCAAGGCCUGCAAUGCCUGUCACUUGUAG